ACCCAACCCAAACAAAACCCCAAAAGAGCUUACCAGGCCCAAAAGCCCCAUCCCAAAUUAAGAUUAUCGGUCACAAUUUGAAUUUCCAAUGGCAGUUAGGGCUUAAUAGAAAUGGUGGGUUCUGAUGGGAGAUCCCAUUCAUGUGCAAUUCUGGACGAGCAGAUGGAUCGUUUAUAUUGCAGAGGAAGAGGAGCCUUGCUUUGACACUGAUCGAUUACUUGGAUGUCGCUCCUUUGAAGAGUCUGGAUUUCUGUUCUUCCCGAAUAUGGUGGAUGGUUGCUCUGAUGGUGAGCUUCGAAACAGUGUUGGGAAUGAUCUUCUAGUUAUUUCCAGUGAUGGGUGGAAUGGAGGAAUUUCCAUUUGGAGGGAAUCCGGGAACACCAUAGACAAGCCCCUUCAUGGCCCAUUUGUUGCAAAGCUUCUCAAUGACUUGUUUCGCAUCCAAGUUGUUGUUGAACAUUAUUCACUUGCUUUCAACUUCGCCAUCCAAAAGAGGGAAAAUACCAUGACUGACCACUGCAUACUGGUCAAGGGUGGCAAAUAAUUUUCCUUCCAUUGACAACUCUAAAUCUAAUCAACUUGGCAGCAUUGUGUCUCAGCUGGGGCAGCUUUCUCCAACUCCAAGUGCAUCUUUGAGUGAUGAUCCUAGAAAAAAUGCAGGCCACUCUAAUUUGGAGCAGCCAGACAGGUUGAAAUCAAGGAGAGACUUCAACAUGAAAAUGCUCAGGGGUAUCUGCUGAAGAUUCUGGCAAUUCUUCAGAUCCAAGACAAGAAGAUUUUUCAGACAUCCAAUAGAUUGGUGAAUCUCUACCAGCUUUGUACAAUCAUUAAGCAACAAUUUCUCGAGACUGGAGAACCCCGUGAAGUCUGGGAUUUUGAUCAAGAAAUAGGAAUGACCUAGAUUGAGGUAUUUUAAUUUGUACAAAACCUGUAGGAUCAGAUAGCAAUAAAUUUCAAUGUAUGUUGUUGUCUUAUUUAAGUUUUUUUUUUUUUGAUUGGUUUUGUUGUCUUAUUUAAGUUUGGAGGAGAUGAAAACAGUAGUAUAAGCGUACCUUUGUUCCGUUCCAAA